GGGGGCGGGGAGCCCGGGGGAGCUGAUGGGGUCGGCCCGGGGGUCUCGGGGGAGGUGGAGGUAGUGAAGGGGCAGCCGUUCGACGUGGGCCCCCGCUACACGCAGCUGCAGUACAUCGGCGAGGGCGCGUACGGCAUGGUCAGCUCAGCUUAUGACCACGUGCGCAAGACUCGCGUGGCCAUCAAGAAAAUCAGCCCCUUCGAGCAUCAGACCUAUUGCCAGCGCACACUGCGGGAGAUCCAGAUCUUGCUGCGCUUCCGCCAUGAGAACGUCAUUGGCAUCCGGGACAUUCUGCGGGCGCCCACCCUGGAAGCCAUGAGGGAUGUCUACAUUGUGCAGGACCUGAUGGAGACAGACCUGUACAAGUUGCUCAAAAGCCAGCAGCUGAGCAACGACCACAUUUGCUACUUCCUCUACCAGAUCCUGCGGGGCCUCAAGUAUAUCCACUCAGCCAACGUGCUCCACCGGGAUUUAAAGCCCUCUAACCUGCUCAUCAACACCACCUGCGACCUUAAGAUCUGUGAUUUUGGCCUGGCCCGGAUUGCCGAUCCUGAGCAUGACCACACUGGCUUCCUGACAGAAUAUGUGGCCACACGCUGGUACCGGGCUCCAGAAAUCAUGCUUAACUCCAAGGGCUAUACCAAGUCCAUCGACAUCUGGUCUGUGGGCUGCAUUCUGGCUGAGAUGCUCUCCAACAGGCCCAUCUUCCCUGGCAAGCACUACCUGGACCAGCUCAACCACAUUCUGGGGAUCCUGGGCUCCCCAUCCCAGGAGGACUUGAAUUGUAUCAUCAACAUGAAGGCCCGAAACUACCUACAGUCUCUGCCCUCCAAGACCAAGGUGGCCUGGGCCAAGCUUUUUCCCAAGUCAGAUGCCAAAGCCCUUGAUCUGCUAGACCGGAUGUUGACCUUUAACCCCAACAAACGGAUCACAGUGGAGGAAGCACUGGCUCACCCCUACCUGGAGCAGUACUACGACCCCACGGAUGAGCCAGUGGCCGAGGAGCCUUUCACCUUCGACAUGGAGCUGGAUGAUCUACCCAAGGAGCGGCUGAAGGAGCUCAUCUUCCAGGAGACAGCCCGCUUCCAGCCUGGGGCACUGGAGGCCCCCUAAACUGGACAGACACCUCUGCAGUUUGAGGCCUGGCCCUGCCUCCUGCCUGCCCCUCCCCUGCUGGACUGUUAGAAAAUGGACACUGUGCCCCGCCCAGACCCCCCCCCCCCCCCCCCCCCCCCCCCCCCGGGCAGACCGGGUCAGGGCGGAGGGUGGGCCUGGCCACCUUCCCUGAUUUUGCUCUGGCCUCCUGCUUCAGGCAGGCCAAGGUUCCCUCCGCCCCACCCCCCUGUCCCUCCCAGGACCUGAGGGGCUUAGGUGGCCCCCCACGCAAACUACCCUCUGCAGCUUGCCUUUGUCUACCCCGGCUAUCCCAGUCUCUGGUAGUUCUGGAAUGGAAGGGCUCUGGCUGUCCCAGGACCUCCUGAAGGGCAGUGAGGGGAUGGGGGACGCUGAGUAAGGGACUCAGGGCAAGCCCUGACCCACUAAAACCCCGCCCCAUUUUCCCCGAAGGAAUAUUCCUGAGGCUCAAGGGCUAGUAUCCCUGAGGAGCAGGGCCCAGGCCGAAACCCCCUCCCCCAAAGCUGCCACAUCUAACACCCCCUGCUGCCUGUGUGUGUGGGUGAACAGAAGUGGGGCUGGGGGCACGAGGAGAGCCUGGUGCCCCUGCCCACCCCUGUGCCUGUAUCUAAUAUAUAAAGAUAGAAACGUGUA